UUUUUUAAAUUUAAGUUUAGAACGUACUAGAACAAUGUAUAAAGAUUUAGUGAAUUUAGCUGAAGUUGAUGGAUAUCAAUCGUGGCGUGAAAAAGAAUUUGAAAAAUUGAGUAAUUUAAUUCAACGUCGAUUAGAAUAUUUACAAAAUCCUGCUGAUUGUCAUAAAGCGAAAAAAGUUGUAUGUAAUUUAAAUAAAGGAUGUGGUUAUGGGUGCCAACUUCAUCAUCUAGUAUUCUGCCUAACAAUGGCAUACGGUACCGAACGUACACUUAUAUUACAAUCAAAAGGUUGGCGUUACAAUAAAGCCGGUUGGGAUGAAAUCUUUCAGCCCGUUAGUAAUUCAUGCUCCACAUAUCAUUAUGAUACAUCCAUUGUAGAACAAUGGCCUGGUGAAAAUGAUCCAGAAAUUAUACAUUUAUCAAUUAUUGAUAAUUUAAUACCAACACCGGAAUAUGUUCCACCAGCAAUACCUGAGGAUAUUUCAGCACGUUUAAUUCGUUUGCAUGGUGAUCCGAUUGUAUGGUGGGUUGGACAAAUGUUAAAAUAUUUAUUGAGGCCACAGCAAAGUUUAGCGGAGAAACUUCAACAAGCAACUAGAAAUUUAAAUUUUAAAUCGCCUAUUGUUGGUAUUCAUGUACGACGUACCGAUAAAAUUGGUACAGAGGCAGCAUUCCAUUCGAUUGAAGAAUAUAUGUCACAUGUGAAUGAUUACUAUGAUCGAUUAGAAUUAAUGAUGUCAACACAGAAUCAACAAUUGGAUCAACGACGUGUAUAUAUUGCAACCGAUGAUCCAAAAGUGAUUACAGCUGCAAAACGACAAUAUCCACAAUAUGAGAUUAUUGGUGAUACAAAUAUUGCAAAAAUAGCAGCUGUUAGUACACGUUACACGGAACGUUCAUUAUUUGGUAUCAUUCUGGAUAUAUACUUUUUAUCCAAAUCCGAUUUUAUUGUUUGUACAUUUUCAUCGCAAGUAUGUCGUGUUGCAUAUGAAUUAAUGCAAACAUACGGUUUAGAUGCAACUAAUAAAUUUCGUUCGUUAGAUGACAUUUAUUAUUUUGGCGGUGGUAAACCACAUAUAAAAAUCGCUCAUAUGAAACAUAUGGUCGAUUCGACAACAUAUUACACAAACGAAGCAGGGGGUGCAGCACCCAUUAUGCAUACAGUAGCUGGUGAAAUAAAUUUAGAGAUCGGUGAUAAAAUUCAUAUAGCUGGUAAUCAUUGGAAUGGUUACAGUAAGGGUAAAAAUUUACGUACAAAUCAAAUGGGAUUGUUUCCAUCAUUUAAAGUUGACGAUCAAAUAUUAACGGCUAGAUUUCCAACAUAUCCAUAUGUAUCCAAUUUAACCAAUACCCCAAAAAUACGUUCAAAAAUAUUUAAUUAAUUAUAAUAAUAAUUAAAUUUAUUAUUCCGAAGGGGCUGAUUCAGUAACUAAACAACGUAAAAAAUAAUCUUUGGUCCUUUUGAGCUCUCUGGUCAGGGCGUUUUUUAAAGGUAAAGAAAGAAAGUUGAAUAUUUAGCGCAAAUUAAACUAAAUAUGUAAAAGGAAAAAAUUAAUGUAUCUUUGAAAUUUUCCACAGUUAUUUAUUAGGUUGUCAAAACAUUGUAAAAAAAGUCGACCUCUUAGGGGCGAACCUAACUCCCUUUUUGGGGGAGGUAGUUACGGGGUUUUAAUCAAAUUUUACAAAUUACAAAUUACAAAAAAACUAUGCAUCAAAUAAAAGUUCUAGCUGAAGAAUUUAUGCAC